AGAGAAGAGAAGAGAAGAGAAGAGAAGAGAAGAGAAAAAAAAUCAUGAGAGAGUCUGGCAAUGUCCUAAGGUCUGAAGGAAUGGAAGAAAAACUAUUCAGGAAUCUGUUGCAGCAGUUUAAGCAAAUGCUUGGUCCCCAUCGGAGAGCUGCAUGAGCACAGGACCUGUUUUAGUGCCCACAGCAAUUAGCAUCUGGCACUCAGUAAAUGACUACUGAAUGAGUAAGAAUGUUGAUAUCUUUCCUAUAAAUAAUACACAUAAGAAAGAAUUUUUAUGAGAAGAUACACCAAAAAGUUCACCUUUGGGCAUAUAAAGCAUUGAGGUAGAAAGAGCUUGAUGACAGCUAGAACAUGUAGGCCUGUGGGUGUAGCUAAUGACAGAGGCCUUGCUUGCCUAAUAUACACAAGGUCUUGUUUCAGUCUGGCCCUCCUUGUGUCCUUGGACACAAGAUAGCUUCACAAUGAGGCUGUGCUACUAAUUCCUUCAGGUUGAGGCCAAGUCCCUCCUUAAGGCUUCUUCUCUGUACCUCACUGUGCUUUCCUUAUCUCGUAUUUGCUUAUUUUCUUUUUACUUUUGAGAUGCAACUUCAUUUACUAUCAGCCCGUUGGGAGGCAUGACUUUUCUAUGGGUUUAUUAAACAUUAUGACAAUAAAUGCACAUCUUUCAUCUAUAGAGACUAUAGAUGCAUUUUUGUCUGGAUAUGAUUCCAGUUAAAGAUUAUUAAUCUAAAGAGUGGGUAUUAUAUUUAAAUUGAAAAAGAAAGAAAUAGGACAAAGAAGAAUGCAUUAUAAAUAUGAGCUGGCAGUUUAAUCCUGAUCUUUUAAUUUUUUAAUUUAAAUUAUCUCCUAAUUAGAAGAAAGUUACAGAGGAGCUUCUCCCCAGUUAUUUGAGGUGCUUUACCCACCUCUCUUCUGCUUGAGGAACAGUGAUGAUGUUAACUUUUCAGAGAAAAGCCAAAUGGUUUUUUUGUGCUUCUAACAGGAGAAAUGGUGUGGAGAUUGGUGGCAGAUAGAUAGAUCUCCUAUUAGAAGUAAAACACAUAUAUAAGAGAGAAGAGGAUUUGGGCUUUUAAAAAAUUAAGAGUUUUCAAAUUAUUGAUAAUCUCCUGUGACACUGAAGUUGCUGCUCCCCUGCUGAAGCCUGGUGGUUUCUCUUGCCGUGGCUCCUCCUGUCAUUUUUAGCAGUGUUUGGGUAUGACCACAGGAGGUAUCAUGAGCUGUCUCCCUCGUCUUCUCAAAAACUUGAGGUGCUGCAGAGUGUACAUUUUUUAUACUUUUUAAAAUUAAUAACAUCCCAAACCUCCUCGCAGAGUUCCUCCCCCAUCCUCCUCCUGUCCUGUCGCCUCUGAGAGGAUAACCCUUCUCCCAACCCCCACUUCCCCAACCUCCCAGCAUUCUCCCACUCUGGUGCCUCAAAUCUUUGCAGGGUUUGGUGCAUCCUCUCCCCCUGAGGCCAGACAUGGCAGCCCUCUGCUACUUGUGUGCGGGGGUGAGGGAGCCUUGGAACAGCCUGUAUAUACUCUUUGGUUGGUGGCUCAGUCUCUGGGAAUUCCCAGGAGUCCAGGUUAGUUGUCACUGUUGGUUUUCCUGUGGGGUUGCCAUUUCCUUGAGGGCCUUCAAUCCUUUCCCUAAUUCUUCCAUAGGGGUUCCUGACCUCUGUCCAAUGUUUGUUUGAGGUAUCUGCAUCUGUCUCAACUAUUAAUGAUGCUGUGUUGUGCUUGAGGACAGGAACCUAGCAUAGCAGCCCUCUGAGAGGCUCUAUCCAGCAGCUCAGUGUACAUUUUUAAAAGCUCUUUUCUUAGCUACUUAGCAGUAGGAAUUUUCAAUGAAGGACUUUUGUUUUAGAAGGUAUUCGCUACUCUUUAUCAUCUGGCAGCUUCAACAUGAAGUGAAUGGUCUUAUCACCAGGGCCAUUGUUUGUAGGAGUCAUAUACUCCAAAGUAAAAAAAUCUGAAGUAGAGAUCCUCCUUUGCUAGAAGGCAGAAGUAGAAUUGGCCUUAACCCUUUUUCACAAUGCAAAACAUUUGUAUAUAUCAUAAUUCAGCUCACAAUGAAAAAUGGAAGGGUAUUAGAACAAAUGAUCUCAAAUUUAAUGCUAGUUUUGUUUUCUUUUCUAGUGGAGGCAGGACAAUGGGGAAAGGCAACAGUAUAGAGAUAGCGGAAAGAGCUGUUCUCAGGGUGAGGGGAAACAGCUGACAGUCAUGGAUUCUAUGCCCAUAGUCCAACUAUUUGGCUAAAGCAGGAAGAUGUUGAGCCUUGAAGUUGAAGGCCAGCCUGAGUACAAUAGUUCGGCUGUGAGAUCCUAUCUGCUUAAAGGGGAAAAACAAAAUUCUCAAACAAUUGAAAUAAUAUGAUUACUACCUACUGUCCCUCACGCCUUGCAAGAGGGAUAAACUGCAGGGAAGGGCCUGGAACACCCUCCAGGUCGAGCAGUAAAAUCAGCCACUAGCUGACUGUGGACAGAACCACUUAUAAUGAAAUUGAAAUGUUCUACAAAAUUCAAAUCUACUAUGGAUAGAAGAUGAUGAUUGAGUGAUUCUCUUUCUAGCCUUACUUAUUAGAAUGCUCUAGGAAGCAUUUCAUUAUUUUUGUCCCACUACACAUUAAGUUAUUAAGUUUUCAUUUGUUUGCUUCUAGAUUUACUUACUUAUCUGGGGGAAGGGAAUGCACACUGUGCAUGUAGAGGUCAGAGACAUCUGCUGAGAAUUGGGCUGCUUCUCUCCUUCCAUUCUGUGAGUCCCAGAGAUUGGUCUCAGGUUGUGAAGCUUGGCAGCAUGUGCCUUUACUUGCUGAGCCAUUUCCCUGGCCCUUCUUAUUAAGUUUUCUUUGAGUAAUACUUUGUAGGUCAAGUAUGAGCCUUCUCUCUAGAAUGUUUUGUGCUUGUUUAUAUCUGGGUAUUUAUUUUGUGAUAGUGGGGAUUAAAUCCAGGGCCUUUGCAUACUAGAUAAGUAUUCUGUCGUUGAGCUACAUGACCAGCAUUAACCCUCUAAAGAGACGAGGUAUAAAAGAGGCAAGUGAAGCAAAGCCGCCAGCCUCCUCCUCAGUGCUCUGCUCAUCACCUACAAACUCCUCUGAGACAUGCAUGUGAUAAUCCCAAUGCAUUUCCUCAGCUCUGUAGGCUAGUUUCUCACUUUAGUGUCUGCCUACCCUACCCAGAUUGAAAGACCACAAUAGAGGACUCAGAGUUUUUGAAACAAACCAACUGAAAAUAAACUUAUCAGUAGCUAAGCUUUUCAGAGGGGUCUGUAGAAUACAACCGUAGUGGUAUCACAGAAGUGGAAAGGGAAAGCCUGUUUUGGUUGACUGUUUAUGGCCAUGGUCUUUGUUGAACCAUUUGGGAUUAAUGAUGAAUCUUUUGAGCUAAAUACUAUAUAGUGGAGUAGGCCUCGUAGAAGUGGUGAAAAUAUUUUUCUUAGGGCCAAUGAGAUGGCUCAAUAAGGAAGAGUGCUGCUUCCAAGCAUCACAACUGGAGUUCAAUCCCUGGGACCUACAUGAUGCAAAAGGACACCGACUCCCACAUUGUUCUCUGACUCCUACCUGGGUACCAUGUCUUACGCAACACCCCCCCCCAACAUAUUGCACAAAAUAAAAAUGUAAUUUAAAAAAUUCUUUUUUUCUAUCUGUUUUGGGGAAUUUUUUGUUGUUGUUGUUGUUUGUUUGUUUGUAGAAUUGGGAGCUGGGUCUCACUGUGUAGCCCUGGCUUUCCUGGAACUCACCAUAUAGACUAAGAUGUCCUCAAAUUCAGAGAUUCCCUGCCUCUGCCUCCCCAGUGCUGGAUGAAAGGCUAUCAUAUCCUGUUCAUAAAAAGAUCUUAAAAUCUAGUCAGUUCUCCAGGGAAAGCAUAUUGCAAGAGAUUUUGCUUUAGAUGGAUAAGCAAACUAUGGCACACUCAAGGAGAAUCCUCAACAACUUCCUUAUUUACAGUCUACCUGAAGGGAGUUAAUAUUCUGGGAAGUCCCUGAGCUUUGUGCUACAGUUUUAUGCUGAGUCCAAUAGUACCUUCCUCAGUACUGAACUGCCUUAGACCCUCAGGGACAGGGAGCUGCACACCUUGAGAAGACCCUAACAGGAACUCUGCCUGCCGUGCUGAGCCUGAAGGCAUCCAGGCAGUGAGUGGGUUCUGGAAACUGACAAUGAUGUGAAGUUCUACCGGGCCUUCUGUCUUUCCCUUUACAGAGUUUCUGAAGUAUUUUAAAGUUUUUAAUACUGAUUAGUAGUGCCAUGACUUUACCAAAUUAGCAAAUUAUCUUGAAUAACCCUGCCCUACUGACAAAACAGAGUAGCCAAGGAAACACAGAAAUUUUUGAAUGUAUAAUCUAGGGCAGGAGAAAAGUUUCUUUUCUGUCAAUUAAAAAAUGUAUAGAAACAGAAUAUAUACAACUGCAUGUCUCCUAAAAGACACUCACAGGGUAGUCCAGCUCACUCAGGGGAACGGUUUGGUGCAUUCGCCAUUAAUGUUUCUCUAAAACUACUGCUUUUUAUAGACCUAUAGAAUGAUUUGGUGAAAAGGUAGCAAUGAAUCUAGUUGAAUCAGGAGGUUGAGGCAGAGAGAUUGUUAAGUAGGAGGUCAGCCUAGGCUAGCAAGAGGUUGUGUGUUUUUAAAAAAAGGAAAGGAAAAAAGAACUAACAGUGAAGGUCCAUGAAUCACAUCUCUCAUUCAGCACAGACUUCAUUUUCAUUCUAGGACAUCAGCAUCCAUCUACUUUUUCUCAUUUUUAAGGUCCAGACUACUAACCCUUGGAACUAAUAGGCACGAAGUACCUAAUUGUUAAAUUGUUUAGGUGAAUGAAUGAUGAAUUUGUGAAUUGAAACUGCCUAUCACUGUGAUAAAAUACCAUGACCAAAUACAAAUCACCCUGGGGAGGAAAGGGGGCCUGUUUCCUCUUACAACCAUGCAGGGAAGUCAGAGUGGGAACUCUCGAGGUAGGAGCCUGAUGAUUGGAACUGAUGCAGAGAUCAUGGAGCAACACUGUUCACUGUCUUACUCAUCACUUCUCAGUUUGUUUUCUUAUACACCCAGAGCCACCAUGGGCUGGGCCAUCCCACAGCAAACAUCAAGAAACUGCUCCAUAGCCUUGUCUACAGGCCAGUCAUAUGGAGGCAUUUUCUCAGUUGAGGUUCCCCCCUCUCAGAUUACUCUAGUUUGUGUCAAGUUGAACCCCCUAAAAAAAGCCAUCACAGAAACUAGAGAGAUUUUUAAAUAUCUGAUAGCUUUAAAGGCAAUUCAUGAAGGGCUGGAGAGGUGCAUCAGAGGUUAAGAGUUCAGGUCCCAGCACCCUAUCAGGUGGGUCACAACUACCUCCACCUCCAGGCACCUGCACGCGUGUGCAUAUCCACAUACAACACAUGCACAUAGUUAAAAAUAACAAUGAGAGGAAACUUUUUAAAAAGGUAAUUCACUACUAGAUAAUUAACUUUUGUAUUUUGUUUUGGGGUUGUUUGUAGAUGAGGGCUCACUAUGUUGCCCUGGUUAGUCUUGAACUCUUUGUCAAAGUGGUUAUAGUCCCAGCCUCCAGAGGACUAUAGGUUCAUGCCAUCAUGCCAAGAUAGGUGUUUACCUCUCUAUAGUUCUGUCACCCUCUCUAAAGAGGAUUUCCUCACUUGAAUAAAAGGUAAUUAUUUUUCAAAAGUGGCGUACAAUAAGAACCAAGGAUUUGUCUGUCCAUUGAGCCACUCUACGGCCCUAUACUAAUUUUAACUGAUAAAUAAGUUUCUUCUAACAGUUUGGUUAAGGCUCAGCACACUGGCUCAGCACACAACUGCAGCUCCAAUUACUGAGGAUUACUUAAACCUAGGAGUUGAGGCCACUUGGUCAACAUGGUGAGGCCCCUAAUUUAAACAUUGUUAUUGUUAAGAAUUGUGGGGGGCAGCUAGGGAAUUGGUUCAGCCAGAGGACUCAGGUUCAAUUCCCAGUACCCACAUGGCAGCUCACAACUGUCUGUAACUCCAGUUCCAGGGGAUCUGACAUCCUUAUAAAGAUAUAGUAUGUGCUAUGCAGACAAAACACCAAUGCACAUGAAAUAAAAAUAAAUAAAUCAUUUAAAAUUUUAAACAAUAAAUAAUUGUGUUGAGGAGAAAUGUCUCAGCAGUUAAGAGCACUUACUACUCUACCAGUGGGCCAGUGCUUAGUUCUCAGUGCCCUCAAUAAGAGGCCCACAGCUGUCUAUAACUCCAGCUCCAGAGGACCCAAUGCCUCUAGCUUCUGCAGGCACUUCACUUUAUGUGCACAUGCCCACAUGCAGGCACUUCACUUUAUGUGCACAUGCCCACAUGCAGGCACACACCUGUACAUAAUUUAAAACAAUAAAAAUACAUCUUAUAAAAAUUGUAUUGAGGCAAUAAUAGCUCUCAUUUCCCAAAGUGAAAUUACAAUUUUUGACCCAACAGAAUCGCUUUCAUUAAAAGCAUUCCUUUUGUUUUAUUUUGGAGGGUGUUUUUGUUUUUUGGAGACAAGGUCUUACUGUGUAGCUCUGACUGGCCUAAAACACUCCCUGUAAACUAGGCUGACUUCAAAUUCACUGAUCUUCUUGAUUUUGCUUAGUUGCUGGGAUUACAAGCAUAUGCCAUCAUACCCUGCAGUGGCUUUUUGAAAGCCCAGGUGUUGUAACACCAUUCAACCUUGGUUUUCUCUAAGUUUGUUAUUUUAUCUAUGAAAAUUCCAAUUGCAAAAUGUAAUACUAUUAAAUUAGAUGUGGUUGCUUUAAGAUGCCACUAAAACAAAAAUGUUCCUACUUAAGGUAUAAAUAGUAAACAAAUAUGAAAAUAUUUAAAAUAGUAAAGUAGUAUUGUACAAAUGAUUUACUUAUUUAUAACUGCUAUCUCACUGUGUUGGUUUUGGGGGGGAUCAUUUGGUUUGAUGACAGGGACUUACUAUAACUUUCUGUAGCUCUGAUUGGGCAUUAUUUCACUGUUUAUCAUCCCCUUUUAAACCAUUUAAGUUAUUGCAAUUGAGUUCUGAGCUACAAACUGACAAUAAUUACAAGGCUGUCUUAGUUAGGGCUUCUUUGCUGUAAAGAGACAACAUGACCACAGCAACUCUUAUAAAAGAAAACAUUUAAUUGGGACUGGCUUAUGAGAUUUAGUCCAUUAUAAUGGUGAAAAGCAUUGUGGCAUGCAGGCAGAUAUGGUUCUGGUGAAGGAGCUGAGUCUAUUCAACAUUUGAAUCUAAGGCAGCAGAAGGAGACUGUGUCACUGGACAUUGCCUGAGCAUAGGAGACCUCAAAGCCUACCCCCACAAUAACACACUUCCUCUAACAAAGCCACACCUACCUUAACAAGGACACACAUCCCCCUACAACGCCACAUCUCCUAACAAUGCCACUCCCUAUGGGCCCUGCAUUCAAACAGUUGAGUCUAUGGGGGCCAUAACUAUUCAAACCACCACAAAGGCCAAAGACAUUCAUGAUUAAUGAAGAAGAAAAAAAAAAAAAAAACACUGAUUACUACAUAAGAAAUAAAACACUUACUAGGGAUGCUCAUAAGUAAAUUUUCAGUAUUGGGUUUUUUCAUUAUCAUGAAUUUUUCCAAAAAAGGAUAGUAAAAUAAAAGAUGAAUAAUUGCUUUCCAAGGCAUAACUGUGAAAAUAAAUCUUAAAGGAACUAAGUUCUUCCCCUUUUCUUUAUUAAAUAAUAUAAGGCAAGAGCUCAAACAGUAAUUAAACUAUCAAACCUAAUUAUUGCUUUCCUGUAACAGACAGUUCCUUAAAUAUCUGAAACCAGCUAAUACCCUUUAAGACUUUAGACAACAUAGGAAAUAGCAGUGGGUUUUUCCCUAGUACUUUUGUUUGUUUUCAGAGAGGGCCCCCUAUGUAACACAAGAUGGCUUAAACUCGUGGUCAUCUUCCUGUCCCUGCCUCUCCAGGGGUGGAAUUGUAGGUCUCUAACCUUUAUUUCCAGUUUGUUUCACCAGCAUCUUGUUUAAAAAAUUUAAAGUAUGCAGAAUCAUACAGUAAACACCCAAAUACAACCCCUAGGUUCUAUAACUGACAUUUUGCUAUAUUGGAUUUGUUACAUAUCUACUCAUCUAUCCAUCCCUGAACUACAAGGGGUUUGUUUGUUUGUUUGUUUGUUUGUUUAGUAUGUUUAUUUCUUUAUUGUGUGUAUGUUGUUGGGGAGGGGGAGGAAGGAGGGGAUGGGGGUGCCACAGCGUGCAUGUAGAGAUUAUAGGACAAUUUACAGUAGUCAAUUUUCUCUUUCAACCAUGGGGUCCUGAGAAUCAAACUUGGAUCAUAAGGUAGGCAACAAGUACCUUUACCCAAUGAGCCAUCUUGUUGGUCCCUUCUAGAUUAAAAGUUUUUAAACAACAACAACAAAAAAAGCUUUAGUUUGCAUUUCUGUAUGUAUUUUACAUGUCAACCAAAAGAAAACUAAAAACAUCAUUUAGAUGCUUUAUAAGCAAUGAUUUCCUGAAUGAGUUUUCUAUUAGAGAUUACCUUAUGCAUAAUAUGCAAAAUGAGAAGAAAGAUAAGUACCAAACUCCAGUGUAAUUUCUUACAAAGAGAGGGGUUAAUGAGUUCAAAAAAGCUUACCAGAGUUUUUAAAUGAAUGUUUAAUUUCUUAAAAUCCAAAGAGUAAAAUAUUAAAACAUAUCUCUUGUUAUCUGACUAGUAUACAAGCAGAUACAUUUAUGAAAUAUUUCACAAUUAAAAAUGAUAGAAAGAUUUUGCUACUUAGUCUUCAUCUCCCUUGCAAAGUAUUUACUUCACUGAAGAUCCAUGGUCCCGUUGGCCUUCUAGCCAAAGUGAUGGACAGACUCUAACAAAAGAUGUCUCUGCUCAAGUUAGCUGAGGGACCAGCUAAAAAUGACCAUUUUAAAAGUGACCACUUUCUAGCAAAGAUUAAGGAACACAUCUUGUAUACUCCUCGGUUUUGCCUAACUCAAGAGAAUUAUGAUGAUAAGCAUUGUGUUUAAUUAAAUUCUUUAAACAUAUGGGACAUAUCUGGUAAAAAAAAAAAAAAUCUGCAUAGUUGUACAAGUGUGUGAUUUUUUUGCGUGUCCACUUGAUUUCAAAGUAAAAGACAUAGCAUGUGAAAUACUGCCAGGGAAGUGGAUACAUGAAGGCUGAGAGAUAACGAUGCUGCUCUGCCAGGGGCUGGAAACCUGACCAUUCUGAGCAGACUGUGCAGCACUAAACUGCCUGUGAAAGGGCUGAAUCAGUCCUCCUGCAAUUGGAACUUUUGGCUCCUGAAAGUCUGGGGCAGGCUUAAAAAUAAAAUCAAGCCCUUGCCUGCUGGGUCAUAUUCCAGGCCUUCUCUGGGAUUAUCUGUAUGAAAAGUCAUCCAUCUACAGGGCAAAGGCAGCAGGUGAGGAAUGAGGCGGGGAGAGGUGAAGAGGAACCUUAGGCACUAAGCAGGAAAGCUGAACUCCAAAGGACAAGCACCUCAGCAAUUAAUGUAUGGGUUCCUUGGGAAAUUUUUGUCUCUAGAGCCUAAAUUGUGAAUAAAUGUAAAAAAGACAGUCUCAAGAAAGAUACAGUGGGCUGUGGUAUAAAAGGAUGUCAUCCAGGCAGAAUGUGCUCUGGGCUACUCUGUAUACUCCUCCAGAGACUGGCCAUGUUUGAUUUGCCUCUUUAGAAAGGUAAGAUAUACAGGCAACAGUUAGAAAAUUCAUAUACAUUUCAUAUCUUAUCAUAUAUAACUAUGUGUUUAUAUUAUGUAGAAUAUGAUAAAGAAUAAGACCUUGAGCAACAUAGGGUGAAUUUUAUUUGUUUCUCUCUUUGUUUUGCCUUUUUUUUUUUUUUUUUUUUUUUUGAGACAAGUUCUUUCUACACAGCUUUGGCUGGCCUGGAACUCAAUACUCAAUAUACAGAUCAAGCUGACCUCUAACUCAAAAAGAUCUGCCUGCCUCUGACCCCUGAGUGCUAGUUUUAAAAGUAAACAACAUCACAGCUGGUUUAAAUUUUUUUAAUUAUUUUUAUCAUUUUAUGUGUAAAUGUGGGUGUUUUACCUGUUGUGUGUAUAUCUGUGCACCAUGUGCAUGUCAGAUACCUGAGGAGGACAAAAAGGAGUAUUAGGUCUCCUGGAACUAGAGUUAUGAAUAGUUGUGAGCCAUAAUGCAGUGGCUGGGAACUGAACCUGGGUCCUCUGCAGGAGCAACAAGUGCUCUGAACUACUGAUCCAUCCCUCCAGCCCCUUGAUUUUGCUUUUUGAGCCAGUCUGGCUGUACAGCCCUCCCACUCAGAUGUUACAGUGCUGGUACAGCAGGUGUGAACUACCAUGCCCAUCUUGAAUAACAUAGUUUUAAAUCCUAAAGGAGUUAGAAACUUCUAACACAACCCAAUAAGCCUCGGACUGAUCAUUGGAUCCAACUGGAAGACAUACUUUGAAAUCCCAGCUCUGAUACCUAUCGGGUAAAUUUGGGUCCUUACCUUCUAGGCCUGCAGUUUCACCUCUGAAAUAAAGCUGAUGAUAAUUAGCUUCCUUACCUAAUACAAAUCCAGUGAUAAACCCUGCAUGCUGUAUAAGUCAAGGUGCUACACUCCUAUAAGCCCGGCACUUAAGAGGUAGAGACAGGAAUAUCAGAAGUUCAAGGUCAACUUCAGCCACAUAGAAAGUUUAAGGUUAUUCUGAAGUACAGGAAACACUCUUCCAAAACAAGAGUAAGAAUCCAGUGAGGGUUUAUAAGUGUUCGAGAACUAAGAGAUGAAGUAGGCCUCAAAUAUAUAUUAUACGUGAAUAACUUGAUCUAGAUGAAAGUGGUCUUCGAUAGGAAACAGUUUGAACACUGAAAAUAGUAAGGCUUGAAGAUAGGAGAGAACAAAAACCACCAAAUUAGCUGGGUAUGGUGACACAGGCUCAGGAGGUUGAGACAGGAAAAUGCUGAAUUUAAGACUAGACCAGCCUACACAAAGAGACCCUCCCUUUAAAAACAAACAAGGCCAGGCCAGAAAAAUGGCUCAAUAGGUAAAGGCAUGUGUUGCCAAGACUGACAGCCUGAGCUCAAACCCUAGGAUCCGCAGGUAGAGGGAAAGAACCUUCUCCUGCGUGUUGUCCUCUGACCUCUAUGCAUGCACCAUGACACCAUCUCCCCUCCCCACCCACCCCCAAAUUUUUUUUUAAUUGGAUGAUAGGGAGAAAAACAAGCUCUGAAGCCAGGAUGUCCAGCUAAGUUUGAAAUUUUCCUGUGGAAAUUGUAGAGCUGGCUCAGCAAUUUAGAGUACUUAAUUGUUGAUCUUGCCGAGGACGCAGGUUCAAUUCCCAGAAUGCACAUGGUGGCUCACAACUGUUCUAGGGAAUCUAACAACACCUUAUCUCCAAGGACACCAAGCACCAAGUGAUGCACAGACCAUACAUACGCAGGCAAAGUGCUCACAUGCAUACAAUAAAAUAAAUAUGAAAUACUAAUGUGACUGCUUACAUUAUUUAACCUCUGUGAACCUCAUGAUGAUAAUAACUCAGUAAGUUACUUUUGAAAAUUGAGAUAAUACAUCUGAAUUUAAUAUGCCUAGUGCUCACAGAGCCAGAAGGCAUAGGAUCCCCUGCAACAAUAGCUGUGGAUAGUUAUGAGCUGCCUCAUGGGACUGAGACCCAGCCAGGGUCUUCACAAGAGCAACGGCUGAUUUAAACUGUUGAACCAUCUCUCCAGCUCCAAUGCGUGUGAAUUUCUGAUGGCGCACACUGAAUGUUAGCUCAAUGAGUCUCAGUCUAUCAAUUAUUUCCCUUUUUCAAGGUCUUCUACUCCUCUACUUUCCAUCUUUUUGUUACUCUCAAACUCACUUCUUCCAUUCUGUCUCACUUCAUUCUACUAUACUCUCCGUAUUAGGUCAUACUUGACUCAUUUUCCUACCUUAUAUAGCAUGAGGGUUAGCAUUGAUUGUAUUUUAAAGUAUCUUUUUUUGAAGGAUUUAUUUUUAUUUUACGUAUAUGAGUGUUUGCUUGCAUGUACGUGUACCUGGUGCCCAAGGAAAGCAGACAAUGGUGUCAGAGCUCCUGGAACUGGAUUUACAGAUGGUUGUAAGCCUCCAUGUGGGUGCAGGAAACUGAACUUGGGUAUUCUACAAGAGUAGCAAGUGCUCUUAACUGCUGAGCCAUCUCUCCAGCCCCAUUUUAAAAUAUAUUAUAAAUUUAUAUUAUUUUUAAGUAGUUUAAAUUGUGAGAAAGAACAUGCUAGGAGGAAUACAGUAGAGCUGUUUUAGGGAAAUUGGGGAUGGGUAUGAUUUCAUUUUUACACAUAUGAAAUUCCCAAAAAUAAAAUUAUAAUAAAGAUGCAUUAUAUAUAUUGAAUUAUAGUUAAAUAAUUAUUUGAAAUAAAUAAUCCAUGAUAUCUUCUUUAUAAUAUUUUCUUUUUUAAAGGAUUUAUUUUUAUUAUUUAAUUACAUAUGGAGGAGUCUUGCACAGGAAUGCUAGUGCCCACAGAGGUCAGAGGGGUUAGGUUCCCCUGGGGUUACAGGCAGUUGUGAUAUGAGUGAGGGUCUCAGAAAAGCAGCAUGUGUGCUAACCAUUGAGCCAUCUUCCCAGCCUCUGUGUUUUCACUCUACAAUCUUGUAUUUUCCCUAGUUUCAGUUAACAGCCUAUUUACUUUUCUUUUUUUGUUUUGUUUUGUUGUUUUGUUUUUUUCGAGACAGGGUUUCUCUGUGUAGCCCUGGCUGUCCUGGAACUCACUCUGUAGACCAGGCUGGCCUCAAAUUCAGAAAUCCUCCUGCCUCUGCCUCCCGAGUGCUGGGAUUAAAGAUGUGCGCCACACAAUCCUGCAGUUUUUUUCUUAUGAUGUAUUGGGGAGGGAGGUGUAUCCCUAUCUGGCUGUACAUAAACAUGUAGAGACUGGAUGACAUCCUAGGAGAUCAUUUCCAUGGGUGCCAUCUGCCCCCUUUCUUUUUCCUCUCCUCCUUCCUCUCCUUUUAUCUCUUUUCUUCUUUUUUUCCUUUUCUCAUCUUUGAGACAUAGUCUCUCACUGGCCUGGAACUCAGAACAUGAGGCUGCCAGCCUGCAAGCACUAGGGAUCCCCUAACUUCCCUCCCUUCAUAUCAGAAUUACAUAUAAUGGCUUGUUUUGGUUUGGUUGGAAGGCUAACACUUUACUGACUGAACUCUCUCCUCAGCACUCAGUAUAUUUCAUUUGCAAUGUAAUAGGCAGACAAUUGCACAGAAGACCAUCUUGGGCCCUAAGUUAAUUUACUUUAGUUCAUGGGAUAGGUGAGACGAAAGAGUUCAAAGGGAAAACCCUUUUCUAAGGGCAAUUAAUUAAUAUCUACCACAUCUUAAGAUACUUAAAAUACGUUUAACUAACUGCAGUUCUACCUCUUAAGCAUCCAUGUAACAAUUAUGUGCACAAGUGUGCACAUAAUUGUGAAAAAGUACAAAGCCUACCACUUGUGAAGCUCUGGGUUAACAACUGACUCUUCUCUCUCAGAGUAUAAAAGCAUGUUCAGUGAUAAAAACUGGAAACAAAUACCUAUCUGCAGCAAAUUGUUUGAACAAGUUGUAUAUGGUCAUAUAACAUGUGUCUUUAAAAGAGUUAGGUAGGCCAAGUGUGGUGUGCAUGCCUUUAAUUGUGGCACAGGAAGCAAAGACAGGCUGAUCUCUUUAGUUUAAGGCUUCAUCUACAUAGUGAGUCCCAAGAUAGCCUGGGCUAUGUAGGAAGAACCUGUCUCUAAAACAAAUAAAAUGAAAUAGAUUUAUAUGACCACAAGAAGAUACCCAAGAUAUAAUGAUAAAUGUCAAUGAGAAGCAAAAUAAAACACAUCAUACAAUUGUAUGUGUGCAUUUAUCAUGUGAUCUUCCUAAAGGACAGCUACACUCAUAUUUGCAUAUGUGAGGACAUUUUCUGAAAACAGUUGUAAUUGCCUAAGAGUGACAUGACAGAGAUGAGAAAAGUGGCUUUUCUUUUCCGCUUCUGAAUCCUUGCCAUAUGUUACUAUGACUUUUAAGUGGUUUAAAAAACAGAAUGAAGAAAUAGAGCAGGAACUAAACAGUUAAUGUUUUGUGAAGUGUGUUGAAUGUGAAAAGUGAUCCCAUAAAUGCCUAUUAUUUUUACUAAACAAUAGACGUGUCAGGCUUCUGUAACCUGAAGAAAGCAGGACUGCAGCAUGUCCUUGUGCAGGAGCAUAUGGUGGCUCUGACCAGGUGGGAGGGACGCUUUAGAGAGCCUUUCUCUGGUGUUGAGAUGCAGAUCUUCUCAGGGUUCCACAUUGCUCUUGUGUGUGAAAUUCUAUGCAAAUGAUUAUAAAAGCUCAGUGGCAUGGUUCAACUCAAGUGUUUAAAACAAAACACUCACAAAACAUGACUGCUUUACGGAGCUAUUGUUAACAUUGUGCUGUACGGUAUUGUCUGAAGAGUGCCUUUGACUUAGUGUAGUAAGAUAGCUCUGUCUGCACAAUAAAUCUGAAAUUGGGGGGAUUAUCUUGAGAGUUUUGUCCUGGCAUUUUGCAGAUUAAAAGAUACAUCAGGUUGUGUUACUCCGGGUAACAAGAUUUUUGUUUUGUAACGUUUAAAGUGUUGGUUUUCUUCUUUUUGACACUCAAGGGAUUAAUUUACUAUUUAUUUCUCUAGAUCAAACCCUUAGAGGAAACAUCAAAACACAAGGAAGUCCUUAGUAUAAUCAUUUUUCUUAUGACCAAGUACUUAAAUAAUACAGUUGCAUAAGUUAAUGCUAUUAUUUGAAAGCUUAAAAGUAGAAACAUGAAGUAAAUAUUACAGAUAUCAGAUGACUAUAGACUGUACAGUAAAACUUCCUAAAUGAAAUGAUAAUGUUUUUAUGUAUUUCAAUUUUCACUCAUUUCAUCAACUUCUAGGUAAUGAAAUAAAUACAAGUCCCUUUCUAUUACUGGAAGCUGACUGUCAAGUUUGUGAUAAUAAAAACUUGUCGUCCUAUCCAAACAGUGCUUUUGUCCACAUAUCUUGAAAAGAAUUAACUUUCUUUUUUUUUUUCCUGUAUGUGUGUAUGAACUGGGGUCAGAGACAAUUUAUAAGAAUCAGAUCUCUUCUUCUACCAUGUAGGAUUGAACUCAGGUCAUGAGCCUUGGCAGCAGCUGUCCUUAACUACUGAGCCAUUUCAUUGGGCCUGGAUCUUACUUUUUUAAGACAGGGUCUCACCGUGUAGCCCGGGCUAGCCUAGAACUUUCUAUGUAGACCAGGCUGGCUUUAAACUCACAGAUAUUCUCUGGUCUCAGCCUUCUGAGUGUUGGGAUUAAACAUGUAUGACACCAUGCCCCACCCUAGAACUUCUUAUAUCAGAGUCAUUACCACUCCUUAACGCUUAUGGAAAAAAACAAAGAAAACCAUCUCCAAUAUUUUCUCAGUGAAAAUGUAAGGUCAGUAUUGAGCCUUACCUUAAUAUGGCAAACAUUAAAGCCAAAGAGAAGAUCUUUGUGCUAAGUAUUUUUUUAAAUAUAGAUACUGUUUUCUAAUUAAUCCUCAAAACAACUUAAUAAAUUAAGCUAAUACUCAAUGCAGUUUGUUAAUUCCAAAGCCAGAGUCUUUAAUGGCUGGUCACUGUCGAUUUGAACUAGGUGUCUGUCUUAAAUGGACUAAAUAUAUUUCAUGUUUCAGAAUUUUUUAGUCUGUUUGUUUGUUUGCUUGCUUGCUUCUUUUAAAAGUAUACUUAUUUAUUGGCUGCAUAGGGGGUGGUUACACAAGUGUGGGCAUACCACAGCACCACAGUGCCAGUACUGAGGUUAGAGGCUAACCUGUGGAAGACAUUUCUCUUCUUCCACUAUGUGAGUCCCACUCUGUGAAUUCAAGUUGUCAGGCUUAGCAGCAAGCUUGCACCUUUACUUACUAAGCCACCUCAUUGCCCGAGUCUGCCUGUGUCGUGAAGGCUAGCCUUAAACUUGUGAUCCUGCUGCUUCAGCCUUUCAGGUGUUAGUACAGUGGGCACGCACCACCACACCUGACUCCUCAGAAUCUUUAGUUGACAAGAGAAUAGUCUGUCUAAGAUUUUCAACUCUCAAAACAAAAUUGGGGAUUUGACUGUCCUGGAAUUAGAUUUGUAGACCAAGCUGGCUUCGAACUCAGAGAUCCACCUGCCUCUGCCUCCCAAGUGCUCAGAUUAAAGGCCUGUGCCACCACCACCUGGCUGAAAAAAAAUUCUUAAAGAUCUUAUUAUAUAAUUUUACAUUAAGGGACUUAUCAAAGCCUUAGUUACUAUUUAAAAGGAGAAUUUAAAAGGACGGGAUUAGAGGUAUUUUAAGUCUUCUUACUUGAAUGGCUGACAAAGGUCUUUUAAGGGAAAACCAAAAGACUGUGCACUUCUGGGGCACCAUUGUAGGAACCUUUUUGUGUGGCAUAAGGAUACAUAUUUACAAAAUCUGUAUCUAUGAAAUCUUCAUCCCUUGCAUUUCUAAAUGUAAUGAGUUUGAUUGGAUCAAGUAAUACACAUUUUCUGCUGAAUUGUUUUUCAGAUAAAGAUGACUGCCAUGCCAUCAUCUUUCCUAAAUGACAUCAUUUAAUACUGACUUCAGUAAAAAUCCCCAUCUCUUGCUGUGUCAUGAAAGGAACUGGGCUCACCUUAAUGCUGUUCUAAAGUGCCUUUUUUUUUUAAUCACAGUAGGAGAUUGUAAUAAAUUACAGCCUGAAAGAAGUUUCAAACUGGCAAGUUUGCCAGAUAUUUUAAGCAAUUUAUUUUGGGGUGUAUCAGCAGAUUUUUUUUUUUCUUACACUGCCAUUUGGGUGCCUGCUGACACAGCUUGAACAAAUCUUUAAAACAUUUCCUUCCUAGAGAUGGAUGAAGAUGAUGAAACUAACAUCCAGACUUUCCCUUAACUCUUCACUUGCCACAUGGGUCUUUCCUACUGCCAGAUCCCUAGGAAGUUAUAGAAACCACCUUUUGUAUGCUUCACAGUAUUCUGAGCCCCGCAUUACCUUGGUAAUGGCUUGAAGUUUUAUGGACAACUAAUAAAAAAGUAAUUCUAGUUUUAGGCAUAAAAUUUUAUGUUUAGAUUAUGUUCAUUGUCAGCAUAUUGAAUAUUGUCAAACUUCCCUGUACUUUCAUAUAAAACAAAGAUUUGAGUUUUUCUUGAUUCUAAUACAUUGAAAGUCUUACCUAGUUGGUUAGUAAAGUUGUUUUUAAAGUUCACUAAUUUCUGGCUUUUGGAUUCAUUCAUACACACACACACACACACACACACACACACAGAAAUACUAAAAAAAAAAAAAAAAAAAAAAAAAAAAAAAAACAGUGGUCCCUAAAGUAUUUGCCCUGGUGUAAGAAAGGAAGAGCGAGAGGGGAGCUGGAGGAUGAGUUGUUGCAGGGUGCUUCGGUGUACUGGCCCCUGUAAACCAAGACCUGAAACAGAAAGAGGCUCCUUUUUCAGAGCUAGUUCUGAUCAGAUGAAAGGCACUGUACAGCCCAUUGCAAGGAGCAUGGGAAGGGCUUAAACCUUGUAAGGCAUCAGAGAAUGCCCUUUGAUGGGAAACGCCGCCUUAGAUGGAAACACAGGCCAUCUUCGAAAACUACCGACAUCUAGAUCUCGUUCCAAAUGCAUCAAAAUUUAAUUAGUCCAAUGUGUAGUUUGGGCAUUGGGAUAUUUAAUCUUCACAAAUUGUACAUACAACUAAGGCUGUUGAACCCUCUAUAUUUAUUUACAAGGGUUAGAAGAUUCUUGUCCACAUUGUCACACACUAUAAUCUCUCUAGUUCCACCUUGAGGACCCAAGAAAACCAUUGAUACAUAUUUAACUUGUGAGACCUUUAAAAACUUUGAAGACCAUUCAUAAACUUGGUUUGUUUGCAGUACAGUGCAUAGAGCUGGUUAAGAGGCUACAGUGCAUAGAUCUGUUUAAGAUACGGUACUUUUCAGUUGAGCAUUCGGAGUAGAGAAAUUUUCUCUGCCCAUUACUCUCCCUUCACCCAGGCUAUCGUCUCCCGCAGCCCCCUUACCCAGGAGGCCCGUAAGCGUUGAGGGAUCCGCGCGGGCGCUAGGAGCCUUGGGGCGGAGCGUCGGCGAGGCCCACCCUCCGGACGCUCUAGACCGCCCCGCCCAGGCGCCCCGCCCCGGACGCGGGUGGGGGAGGGCUGCUGGCAGCGCCCGACUGCCCAGACUACACAGCGGAGCCCCGGGGCUUCGGCGGCUGCCUCGGAGCUCCCGGGCGGACCCAGGUCAGCCGCCGGGAACCAGCGUCUCGGGCCCGGGUUAUUCGAACGCCGGUCCAGGAUGCGGAGCUAUUCAGUGUGAGUCGACUUCAUGACCCUGAGCACUUUGGCAGGCGAAAGGAAAGCGCUCCCUGCCAGCACCUGCAGCCUCGGUGGCCCCGACAUGAUCCCCUACUUCUCUGCCAAUGCGGUCAUCUCGCAGAACGCCAUCAACCAGCUCAUCAGCGAGAGCUUCUUAACUGUCAAAGGUGCUGCCCUUUUUCUACCACGAGGGAAUGGCUCGUCUACACCAAGAGUCAGCCACAGACGCAACAAGCAUGCAGGUGAUCUCCAACAGCAUCUUCAAGCAAUGUUCAUAUUACUCCGCCCAGAAGACAACAUAAGGCUGGCUGUAAGACUGGAAAGUACUUACCAAAACCGAACACGCUAUAUGGUCGUGGUUUCAACUAAUGGUAGACAAGACACUGAAGAAAGCAUUGUCCUGGGAAUGGAUUUUUCUUCUAAUGACAGUAGCACUUGUACCAUGGGCUUGGUCUUGCCUCUCUGGAGUGACACCCUAAUUCAUUUGGAUGGUGAUGGUGGGUUCAGCGUAUCAACAGAUAACAGAGUUCACAUAUUCAAACCUGUAUCUGUGCAAGCAAUGUGGUCUGCACUACAGAGUUUGCACAAGGCUUGUGAAGUGGCCAGAAUGCAUAACUACUAUCCAGGCAGCCUUUUUCUCACUUGGGUGAGUUAUUACGAGAGCCAUAUCAACUCAGAUCAGUCCUCAGUCAAUGAGUGGAAUGCUAUGCAGGAUGUGCAGUCUCAUCGGCCUGACUCUCCAGCCCUCUUCACAGACAUACCAACUGAACGUGAGCGAACAGAAAGGCUUAUUAAGACUAAAUUAAGGGAGAUCAUGAUGCAAAAGGAUUUGGAGAAUAUCACCUCCAAAGAGAUACGCACGGAGCUGGAGAUGCAGAUGGUGUGCAACUUGCGAGAAUUUAAGGAAUUCAUAGAUAAUGAAAUGAUCGUGAUCCUUGGUCAGAUGGACAGUCCCACACAGAUAUUUGAGCAUGUAUUCCUGGGCUCAGAAUGGAAUGCCUCGAACUUAGAGGACUUGCAGAACCGAGGGGUACGGUAUAUCUUGAAUGUUACUCGAGAGAUAGAUAACUUCUUCCCUGGAGUCUUUGAGUAUCAUAACAUUCGAGUAUAUGAUGAAGAAGCAACAGAUCUCCUGGCUUACUGGAAUGACACUUACAAAUUCAUCUCUAAAGCAAAGAAACAUGGAUCUAAAUGUCUUGUGCACUGCAAAAUGGGGGUGAGUCGCUCAGCCUCCACUGUGAUUGCCUAUGCAAUGAAGGAGUAUGGAUGGAAUCUGGAUCGAGCCUAUGACUAUGUGAAGGAAAGACGAACGGUGACCAAGCCUAACCCCAGCUUCAUGAGACAACUGGAAGAAUACCAAGGGAUCUUGCUGGCCAGCAAACAGCGGCAUAACAAACUCUGGAGAUCUCAUUCAGAUAGUGACCUUUCAGACCACCACGAACCCAUCUGUAAACCUGGGCUCGAGCUCAACAAGAAGGAGAUGACCACGUCAGCAGACCAGAUCGCUGAGGUGAAGACUGUGGAGAACCUUGCUGCCAUGCCUACCGUCUUUAUGGAACAUGUGGUCCCACAAGAUGCAAAUCAGAAAGGACUACACACCAAAGAAAGAGUCAUCUGCUUGGAGUUUUCUUCACAAGAGUUUCGUGCCGGACAGAUUGAAGAUGAAUUAAAUUUAAAUGACAUCAAUGGAUGCUCAUCAGGGUGUUGUCUCAGUGAAUCAAAACUCCCUCUUGACAACUGCCAUGCGUCUAAAGCCUUACUCCAACCUGGACAGGCCCCAGACAUUGCCAACAAGUUCCCAGACUUAGCUGUGGAAGAUCUGGAGACAGACGCACUGAAAGCAGACAUGAAUGUCCACCUACUGCCAAUGGAAGAGUUGACAUCUCGACUGAAAGACCUCCCCAUGUCACCUGAUCUGGAGUCACCAAGCCCCCAAGCCAGUUGCCAAGCUGCCAUCUCAGAUUUUAGUACAGAUCGUAUUGACUUUUUUAGUGCCCUGGAGAAAUUUGUAGAGCUUUCUCAAGAAACCCGGUCUCGGUCUUUUUCUCACUCAAGGAUAGAAGAAUUAGGUGGAGGAAGGAGUGAGGGCUGUCGUUUGUCAGUGAUAGAAGUGGCAGCUUCAGAAAUGGCAGCUGAUGACCAGAGAAGCAGCUCUUUGAGUAAUACGCCCCACGCCUCUGAAGAGUCUUCUGUGGAUGAGGACCAGUCGAAGGCAAUCACCGAACUUGUCAGCCCAGACAUCAUCAUGCAAUCUCACUCAGAAAAUGCAAUUUCAGUCAAAGAAAUUGUGACUGAAAUUGAGUCCAUUAGUCAAGGAGUUGGGCAGGUUCAGUUAAAAGGAGACAUCCUCUCUAACCCAUGCCACACACCAAAGAAGAGCACCAUUCAUGAGCUGCCCCUGGAGAGGGUGCCAGCCCCUGAGAGCAAACCUGGACAUUGGGAGCAGGAUGAGAGUUUCUGUAGUGUCCAGCCAGAACUAGCUAGAGACUCAGGGAAGUGUGCCCCGGAGGAAGGCUGUCUGACCACACACUCAUCCACAGCAGACUUGGAAGAAGAAGAACCAGUUGAGGGGGAACAUGACUGGGGCCCAGGGAUGCACUCUGGUGCUAAGUGGUGCCCUGGGUCUGUGAGGCGAGCCACCCUGGAGUUUGAAGAGCGCUUGCGACAAGAGCAAGAGAACCAUGGUACAGCCUCUGCAGGCCCCACAUUAUCCAAUCGCAAAAACUCUAAGAAUGAUUCUUCUGUGGCAGACUUAAUGCCAAAAUGGAAAAGUGAUGAAACUACCCCAGAACAUUCAUUUUUCCUCAAAGAAGCCGAGCCGAGCAAGGGUAAAGGGAAAUGCAGUGGUUCUGAAGCCGGAUCACUAUCCCACUGUGAGCGUAAUCCCACCAUGCCAGACUGUGAGCUGCUGGAGCAUCAUUCCUUGCCGGCUCCUCAGGACUGCCUAGGGUCAGAUAGUAGAAGUAAGAAGCAGGAAGGAGACCUAAAGAAGCAGAGGGCUGUGGUUCCAAACCAGGAAUGUGACACACAGGCCAUCCUUCUCCCCCUUCCCAAGAAAAUAGAAAUCAUUGAGUAUACGCCGACAGUUACAUCACUGGGUCACACCGAGCCAGGAGGUGAGGCGACACCCAGCAAAGAGGGUGAGAAACAAGGACUGAGGAAAGUGAAGAUGGAGCAGUCUAUCACUAUGUUUUGUGCGCUGGAUGAAAAUCUGAACAGGACUCUGGAGCCCAGUCAAGUUUCUCUGCAUCCCCAAGUGCUACCUCUGCCUCAUUCUUCCUCAGAGUGUGACAGGCCCGCUGACCCAAACCCUAUGUUAAGUAGCCCGCAAGACAAAGGGGACUGCCCAUCCACACCCUUCAAGACAGCAGCACCUUUUGUCAGCUGCAGUACCCAGGGAGCAUCUUUCAGCUUGGAUUAUUUGCUUCCCCACUCUGUGGUUCACCUGGAAGGCUGCACAGAGCAAAGCAGUGCCACUGACAAUGAACUGUCUCCAGAGCAGGCUAGCUGGGAGGACAGCCGGGGGCAUUUCCUCUCCAGUGGUAGUGGAAUGGCACACACAUCCUCCCCAUUAACUAACGAAGACCUAAGUUUAAUUAACAAACUUGGUGACAGUGUUGGUGUGUUACAGAAAAAACUGGACCCGUCACCUGAAGCCUGUAGAAUCCCACAUAGCUCUAGUAGUGAAAAUAUAAGAGAUCUCAGCCACAGCCGUGGUGUGGUGAAGGAGCAUGCUAAAGAAAUUGAGUCUCGAGUGAUCUUCCAGGCAGGGUUUUCCAAAACAUCCCAAAUGAAGCGCUCAGCUUCCCUUGCCAAGUUGGGUUACCUGGACCUUUGUAAAGACUACUUACCAGAUAGAGAGCUUGUCUCCUCAGAAUCCCCUCAUCUCAAAUUGCUUCAGCCCUUCCUCAGAACAGACUCAGGCAUGCAUGCCUUGAUGGCCCAUGAGCCCUCAGAAAGCGCAGGUGCCCAGCAGAACCCACAGCCCACCAAGUAUUCUGUAGAGCAACUCAAAACAUCAGAGUGUAUUGUGCAGAGCAAACCAGUGGAGAGGCCCAGUGUGCAGUAUGCCAAAGAGUUUGGUUACAGUCAGCAGUGUUUGCUCCCCAAGGCAAGACCAGAAUUGACUAGUUCUGAAGGAGGCCUUCCUUUGCUACAGACACAGGGUCUGCAGUACACAGGCCCCUCUCCAGGGCUGGCUGUGGCGCCCCGUCAGCAACAUGGCAGAACUCACCCCCUUAGAAGACUGAAAAGAGCAAAUGAUAAAAAACGGACAACCAACCCCUUCUAUAACACCAUGUGAUCCUGAGCCCACACACGUGAUUUUCUAAGAAAAUGUUUGUUAAAAAGGUGGUGUAAUAUGUAAGGAACAUGCACUUUAUUGGUUAAUUUUAUAAUAUUUUUGGUCAUUUUACUGUUCCUGGCUCAUGCAGGGUUUGGGUUUUUCCAUGUGUGUACGUGCAUGUAUGUAUGUGUGUGUGUAUGUGUGUGUGUGUGUGUGUGUGCGCGCGCACGCACAUGCACGCAUGCUGUAUGUAUGUAUGUAUGUGUACUGAUUUGGAUGGCAAGAUCAUUUUAUUAUUUUUAUUUUUUUAAAAAUUCAAACCUCAAAAAAAUUUUUUUUAAAAGAGCACCUUUAUCAAAGGCAAAUUGCUGUUUUUCAAUCAACUGCCACCUGUCUCUUCUCAUUUUGCCCUCUGAGAAAAGACAUGCCUGCUUCGUUGAGGGAAAGAAACAGAUGGGGUAGGUGGCACUGAAGCUGGGAACUGGAGAUGCUCACCCAGGCCUGAGGCGACCUAUCUGCUGAAGGGCAGAGGGAAGUCACUGCUCUCAGCCUUCUCCAAGCUCUCUUUUGGAGUCUGUGAAGUUGUAGGCUCUGCUUUGCUUUACCAGGCAGUUGAGACUCCCAUUUCUUCUGAUAUUCCAAAAGGCAUCGAUCAUUACAGAAAAAAAGGAGUGGUAAUUGGCCUAUUGUGAAGCAAAUAAUUUUCCCCAAGAAAACAAUCUGAAAAGGGAACCCUAAUCGAAAUUCAAGGUCAUCUGUAGAGAAAUGCAUUAAGAGAGAAGGUGGAAAUGCAGCCCCUGCGUUGCUGUGGGGGCCAGUGGACUCCACCCAGGUGAAUCCUGGCACUGCCUGCCGGAUCCCCGUCUGCCGGAUGACAUGCUCUGCCACAGCCUCCCAACUAAAGACCUGGAAACAGGCUUGAAAAACAGCAAAGUCAGUGUGUUCUUGUAAAAUGAAUACAUACUGUGGGGUUUUAACCCUGUUACUUGAAUACUCUGUGGGCCUUCUGAGUUUAAUGGCCGUGGUUUUCCAAUUGAUUUCUUCUCUCUUGCUGUUUUCCCAUCCUUCCCUUUUCUUAAUUUCACAAAUUAUAUUUUGUUACAUUACAUACAUAGAACCUAUUAACACUUGACACAAGUUUUUUCCCCUAAUUUUUCCUAGGUUUGUCGUUUCUCUACAGUUCAUACACAGUAUUUAUGUACAUAAUGUCACUUUUUAAAUGUUUCAUGGUUGAUAUUGUGGGUCUUUUGAUUUAUUCUUGUUAAGGAGUAGAGUUGCAACUGGAAAAGAAAGAGACACCAGAAAUAAACUGGUAGUUUCUGGUAGAAAUCUUUAUUUGUUUUAAAUGAAAACUUGUCAUUGCCAGCUCCUGCCAAAUUAAGUACUUCCUCUUAAGAAACCCCUGCAGGCUCCCACUAGAUCACACUGAACGCUGGCUUCUGUUUGAGGCUGAAGUCCCAGAUCACUGUUUGCCAGUAAUUGAAGCGCAGCCAGAUAUGUGUCUUCGCUGCCCAAACUAGUAGACUCCCCGUGUGCGGCUGAGAGGCUGGGGCAGCUCAGCCAAGAGCACAGAUCCCACUUAGGAUACCAUUGCUUUGUUGCUGGCCUGCUGCUCUUAAACACUGGCCUAUCUACUGCAAAUAUGCCUCUGAGAAUAGUACAGAAAACAUCUGGAGAUAACCAACACAGCUCAGCAAAACUGAAGAGGUCUACAAAUUUGCUUCCUGCUUGCUUUUGUUGAUGUCGGAAUUGCUGAGGAUUGUCUGAGUAGGAGCCAGGGACUUAGGUUUUUGAUUCAUCAUAGCCCUAGUUAGAAAUAAACAGACACACAGAUUAAUUAUCAUUAGAGGCAGACUUUGGAGGGAGCAGGUAGUAGGAUACAGGAGAAGUAGACUGCAGCCAUUUUCAAGUGCUCCAGAGCUGGGAGUCCACUUGCCAUUAAAAAAAAAAAAAAAAAAAAAAAAAGUGGUUGGUUCUGACAUUACUGCCAGGAAGCAGUUAGCGACCACCUGCGGAAAUAUGUGGUAUAGAAGUUAUAUAUACCUGUGCUGUCUUUCGGUAGUUUCUUUAAAUGUUACAUCUUUGUGCAUCUUGGAUAUUUGUGUGUUGUCUCGUUAGGUGGUAUGUUUCAUUGUGAGGAAGGCUUGGGAGGCAAGAUGGUGGAUUCCAGGACCCAUCUGCUAAAGAAUCCUGUCUACCAGUGUGACGGAAGGACGAGAAGUUAUGAUAGGGUGAGGAGUGUUUACAUCAAGGUUGAGAGAGUGCAUCACCAAAAAUAAUAAUAAAAGCUGGGUGUAGUGGCUCACAUCUGUAGUCCCAGCACUUGGGAGGCUGAGGCAGGAGGAUCACUAUGAGCUGGACGCUAACUUCGGCUAAAGAGUGAGACCCUGUCUCAAAAAAAGUAGCAUCCAUAUGCCACACAUUAUCACCAAUGGACACUGCUCUCUCAUCUCCCGGUGUAGAAUAUCCUCACUGCAUCUCUCUUAGCAGAGACUGAGAAAAUGCCCAAUGAGGGCACUGGGGAGCGGACGGACAAAUGACAACACCUGAUUUUGUUUUCAAGAUUUAAAGAAUGGAAGAAACCAUCUUCUGCUGUCUUCCUUCUUAAUUGUAUUUCCUAUCAUUUAACUCACCUGCCUAGGUAUCUUCCACACAGGGUCUAUAAUUCAGCUAUGCCAAAGGGUCUUGCCAGCCCUCCAAACCCCAACACUUGGGUUGUUCCUAAGUCAUGCUUAUGGCUAAGGCAGGUGCAUAAUAAGCUGUUGAAGACUUUUUACUUUAGCAUUUGAUAAUUUCAGAUUGUCUGUCUGUUUUUUUUUCUGUUCAUGGAAAGCCUGGACCUAACUCUGACGAACUGUUAAGCAGGAAAAAUCUUGACCUCCUGACUAGUGCUUAACCUCUUGCUCAAUGCCUCUGUCUCUCUUUACUGUUUUUAAGACCACAGUAGUCCUGUCAGUAGGUCUGGAAAAGUGUAUAAGCAUACAUGUGGGCACUUAGACAGAGGAGCUGACAUUUCAGUGCCUGGGCUAACAGCCCCAGGAGCAGGCAGGAUUGGAGCUACAGCCUGACUACAUUGAGCUAUACCUGACUAUAGGGAGAGGACCCUAGCCCUUUGUUGUUUUUGGAAACAGCAGCAGUGGGUGGUGUGGGCACAGUAUAGUAGGGAGCACUUCAUCUCAGUUUAGUUGCCUCUUGUUCUUCUUAACAUAUUCGUUCCUGUUCCUGCAUCCCCACCUCUUCAGCAUCUUAGUGUUUUCCUGCUCUGUACCUUUGUCUCUACUGCUAUUUCCUUCUUUCUCAUUCUGAGAACUACCAAGAGCUCCAGGGACAGCCUGGGGACACAUCCCAGGUUCCAAGGUCUCCUGCUCCUGAGCCCAGAUGUUUCCUCUGAAGGCCUCUGACAGUGGCUCACAGGAUUCUGCACCUGAGGUUCUCUUUCAGUAAAGAUGUUCUGUGGGAGUUGGGUUUUUUGGGGUUUUUUGUUUUUGUUUUUUUCUAAGCAUUAUGCAAAAAGUUUUAAGGGCAUUUUAAAGAAAAGCCAGUUUUUCUUGGCUUUUCCAAACAACUAUCUGUGGAUACUUUGUUUACUUUGUGAGUAUUAAAAUAUGCAUCAUCGCUGUGGCCUCAGGCUCUGAAGCCAUGGUUGUCCUAUGAGUCCUCCCCCAGAGAAAAUGCCAUAUUAUUGUCAGCCCUUGUGGAUAAGUGGGUCAGCUGUGGAGCCGAUCUCCUUCUGUGUCCUGCACUCGCAUCCAGCAGUCCUUUCUUAGUGCUGAUGUGUCUCCAUAGUGAUGGUCGUGAUGGUGAAUGGAUAGUAUGAUUGUUUGGUUUUUGAUUUUUAACGGUAGACAAGGUGACAUUCCGUUGUUUCAGCACCAAUCCAACUUAAAAGAUCAUAGACUUCGUUAUCCCUUCCAAACUAAAAGAUCAAGCAUGUAUUGGACAUAAGUGUAUGCGUUGCCUCGACUCAUCUGGCACCCAUAUUAGGAAAAGGCCUGCCACCAAAGCAGGAAGCUGCACGCUGCUCUCCCCAGGGCUUUGGGACCUCUUGAUGCCAUGAAGAGCUAUUGCAAGGUGCUUCUGUACUGCUCCAGCCUGAAGCAGAGGUGACUAGGCCUGCUUCUGCUAGGAAGAGAACCAGCCUCAUCUCAGUGCCCCAGAGAUCUAGGACAGGAUUUCUAAACUGGAAUCACCUCUUACCAACUUGAAGAGCCCCACCCCACCCCAGGUAUAGGGCUGGUGCUGCCAUCGGCCUUCACAGCGAAGCUGGUGGCAGCAUCCUGUCUACAGAGAGCAAAUACCCCAAAUGGAAAGCUGAGAAACUGACAUGUGUCCUAGUCAGUAAGCCCACUGGGAAAUGAUGGGUUUUGUUUUAUUUGAUUGAUUUGCUUGGCGUAGCAAAGGUGCCUUUCCCACCCUCCUCCCUUUAAACUUUGUUUUGUAAGACUUGUUUGAAACCCAAACAAGUCCAAAAGACUCGCACUGACUGUUACCUUUGUCCAGGCUAUCCCAAACUUCUCUAUGCUCUCAUUUUAUUAAAAGCAGGUGCUCCCUGGAAUCUCUGGGACCUUUCUGAGGCAUUCAAAGCAGAAUAUAAAGAGUGGUCUCAUCUCCUUCCUUAAUCCUGGUGGUUGGGAUGUCCCACUUGUAUCAUAGUUGUUUUUAUUAUUACUGAUGUGCUCCGCUGUUUUUAAAUGUGAACUUGUGCGCAGAUUCAAUGUUCUUGUUACAGAUUGAAUAAAUUUUUAUUUUGAAGACAAA